GCGGAGCUUGCGGCCCGUCCCCCGGCAAAGCAUCCAGCCCCGGGGCCGGGACGGGGCCGGGGGGCGGCGGGUUUCCCUCCGUGGUCCCGGCGCUGCUGCGGGCGGUGGCGGCGGCUGAGACGGGCGGAUGGCGGCGGAGCUGGGCGCAGGGCUGCGCAUCUUCCGCGAUAUACUGAGAAGAGCAGACAAGAAUGAUGAUGGAAAACUGUCCUUUGAUGAAUUCAAAGCUUACUUUGCUGAUGGAGUUCUGAGUGGAGAAGAACUGCAUGAACUUUUUCACAUGAUUGAUACACACAAUACAGACAAUCUUGACACUGAAGAGCUUUCUGAAUAUUUUUCGCAGCACUUAGGAGAGUAUGAAAAUGUUCUCUCUGUUUUGGAAGAAUUAAACAUUACUAUACUGAAGGCAAUGGACAAAACAAAGAAAGACUAUCAAGAAGCUUCUAAUUUGGAGCAGUUCGUGACUCGCUUUCUCCUGAAGGAAACGCUGAACCAGCUCCAGUCCCUCCAGGCUUCCCUGGAGUGUGCCAUGGAAACCACAGAGGAGCAGACUCGGCAGGAAAGACAAGGUCCAACAAAACCAGAAGUGCUCUCAGUGCAAUGGCCAGGAAAACGCUCUGCUCGAAGGCUUCAAAGGAGCAACAGCCUAUCACCCAGUAACCCUCAAUUUAACACAGGCUGGAUUGAGGAAGAGAGCCAGUGGAUGACCCAGAUAAGCAGACUUCAGAAGCUGAUUGACAGGCUGGAAAAGAAGGACUUGAAGCUUGAGCCGUUUGAAGAAGAAGUUUUGGAAGAAAAUGCAAGAUCUCACAUAAUGAUCGUUCAACGUCAAAUGUCUGUGAUAGAAGAAGAAAUUGAGGAAUUCAGGCUUGCUCUGAAGCAGUAUGUGGAGUCUGCUUCUGCUCAGAGUGGCUGUUUGCAUGUUUCCAUACAGAAGCUUCCAAAUGAUUCCCGCUUCAUUAUUUAUGAGUUCUGGGAGAACAGCAACAUCUGGAAUAGCCACCUUCAAAUGAAUUACAGCAAGACAUUCCAAAGAAGUAAUGUGGACUUCCUGGAAACUCCAGAGCUCAUUACAACAAUGCUAGUCCCUGCAUCGUGGUGGGUCCUCAAUAACAACUAGAAGCUGUGAUUCCAAGUAACUAUGUCAUGUUUUUCACUACAAUAACAUUGAUUUAACAGUGUACAGGUGUGCUGGGUUAGAGGUUUAUCAUGUGAUACUGCAAUACUAUGGAUGUAAUCUCUUCUGUUCUAAAAUAAGGAAAAUCACAUUCAUUGCCUUCUUGUGAUCAGUUUAGUGAAAUAAUGCAUUGUAAAAGCUGAAAAAAAGACAAAACUAAGCUCAACUGUUAACUGUGUAUAUUUAGUCCUGUCACAGAAAACUGCAUCUUGAUUGGUGUGACUGAGUAUUUGUGAAUACUUUUAGUCUCGCAUUAAUAAACAAUUGUUACUUAAUGCUGCUGUUUUCUCCUUGUACCGAAGAAACAGGUAUAAAGUUGAAAACACAUUUCCAUAAAUGUCUAUGUCUAGUUUAGGAGAAUAAAUGAAUAAUUUGUUCAUGUUAAUACUAUCAUUCAGGAAAUUUUUUGCCAGGUAUAAAAAGCAAGCAAUCUUCAUUGCAGUAUGGUUCUGUAAUCCAGACGCUAUGGCUAAGACUAAACCUGACAUUCUUAAAACUGUCACAUAUAGGCACUUGCUGGGGAUCAAGGCAUCUUAACUACUUAAGAAAAAAAUAAAACCAGGUCAUAUCCUCCUUUAAUGGCACAGAUACUAUUAUAAACACAGAAAUCUGUGAUCCAGCUACAUAUCUACUUAAAGGGCAUCCUAACAUCCACAUUACACUCUUGAGAAAUCAGUGAACAGUUUAAAUCUCUCCUGCCUUUAGCAAAGUAAAAGACAAACCACUCAUUUUCCCUUAGAUCUAGUUGACUUUUUUUUACUUUGUCACAACGUCCAUCUGGUGUACUGUAUGUUUUCUUUUCAUUACUGAUCUAGCAAUAAAAAAAAUAAAGUGACCAUGACACUGCUAGAGGCUAAACUGGUACUGAAAACUGACACUGUAUAAUCAGGUUUAUUAUGUUUUUCCAGUUGUAAGAAAUUAUCUGCUUAGAGGUGCUGGAGCAGAGAAACUCAUUCUAGUAGAUGCCACACAUCCUCCUAAUAAAAAUUCUCCGCUUGUUUGCUAGUAAACAAACACUUGCAUGAAUCAUAAAAGCUUGUGUAUUGUUUAAGAGUUUUAAGAGAGCUAUACAAUGAAAUUGCCUCUGACGCAUAAUGGGGAAGACUCUCAGAUGAAAAAGAAACAUACUCAAAACAGAUUUUUCUCCUCAACAUUAGGUACUGUAUGAGGUUUAUGUGGCAAGACUUUAGUAGCACAGUUGGCUUCUAUGAGCAGAGCCCAGCAGCUACCCCAUGUCAGAUAAGAGCCAGCACUAGGUGGCUCUGAAAGGGAUCUACUGCUGGCCAGAGCUGAGCCAUGAGCAAUGCUUGGGAAAAACUGCUGCACAACAGUAGCUGGGAAAGAGAAUUGAGAAGUGUGAGAAAAGUAGGUCUGCAGCCAUCGUCAUCAGGGCAGAAGGAGGGCAGGAGGUGCUCCAGAGCUGAGCAGAAGUUUCUUGAAGCCCAGGAGAAGCUUGCCCAUGGUGUACCACACACAGCAGAUUUCCACAUGCAGCCCACAGAGAGCCCCUGCAAGAGCAGGCUCCAGAGCCAGAGCUGCAGCCUGUGCAGCAGAGCCAUGGUAGAAUAGGAGGUCUGAGGGAGCUGCUGCCAGUGGGUCUUCGUGCUGGAACAGUCUGCUCCUUAACGAUGGGCCCCAUGGUACAGAGCCAUAUUGGAGUGGUACUUGGAGAGCUGCAGCCUUUGGGAAACCACCCAAGAAGGAUUCAUUCAGGAAAGACAAUCUGUGAGAGGAAUGCCACACUGGAGCAGGGGCAGAGAGCAACAAUGAAGGAACAGCAGAGACAAAGCAUUAUGGACUGACUGCAGCUCCCAUUCCCCUUCACUGCUCAGAUGAAGGUAAAAAAAGAGUGGACAGGGGAGAAAGUGUGCCUGCUUUUGUUUCUCACUGCUCUAGUCUGUUAGCAAUAGGUAAUAAAUUAAAUUAAUCUCCCUGCACUGCUUGCUUUGCCCACAGCAGUAAUUUGAGAGUGAUGUCUCCUGUCCUUAUCUCCACCCAUCCCAAUCUCAUAAUAUUUACUCCUCUUCUUCUUUUGAGGAAGGACAGCAAGAAAGGGGUGUAUUAGAGUUUAGGUACCUGCUGAUGUGAAACCACCAGAUUUGCAUACAGUAUACGAAUAGAAUAUACUUGCAAGCUAAUUUUAACUGACCAACCACUGCUAAACAUAAAAAUAAUAAAAAGGAAUUCAAAUAAUAUGUUUAUUAGCACAGUUGCAGGAAAAAAAACCAAUAUCUGUGAAAGUCAACUUGACAUUUUUCUGCACUAAUUAAUAUUCAACACAAUCUCGUUUAGCUCCUGCUACCUUUUGCCACUGAAAGGCUGAAAACUUGCCUUCACCACACACAGCAUGUUAUUUGAGGUCUGAACUCAGGUUUUGAAGAUUAUUACAUUUGUACAGAAUAACUAUUACUAAUCCUUGUCAGCUGAAAGUUGUUGUAGAUGAAUACUCAGACUUAUGCUUUCUCUUCUAAAUACUGUUUUAGCUGAACCAAAAUAAACUACAGCAUCCACUAUGUAUUGGCAUACACUUUACCAGGUAAGACAAGUAAUGAAAAGCUGUAUUGUUUCUUAAUGUUGCCCAUUGUUUCCAGUUAGAAAAGUGAAGAACACUGGACAGUUAUUUACAAACAGCUUUGGGAAAUGCAAUUAUUCACAUUUUGUGAACAGGAAGACUGCAAGAGAAGAGAGGAAAAAAACAAACGUUUAGGAGCACAUAUCCUGACACAUUUGAGAUUUGAUGGU